AUGUUAUUUUUUAAAUAACAUUUUUAUGAAAAGUUAAAUUAACAAAGAGAUAAAUAAUAUAAAUAAAUUGAGAUCUAAUUUUUAGAAUAUCUUAUAAAAUUAUCAUAUUUAUUCAAGAAUAUAGAAGAAGCUCAAAAUCAAUGCAUUAAAAUUUUAACAUUUGUCAAAAAAGAAUUUUCUUAAUUUUAGUAUAUUUUAGACUAAACUUUGAAUAAAACAAUAAAUAUUGGGGAAAAUCCUACUAUAUCAUAAUUGUAGCAAUUAGCUUAGAAAAUUGAUCAUAGAUAAUAAAAUACUUAUAAAGAUUUUAUUAAUAAACUCUAAGAUCUAUUCAAAGAAAUUAGAAAUGUUUUUAAUUAAUUAGAUAAUAAAUAAAAAAGUAAUAAGUGA